AUGGCCGGCCACACGGUCAUCAGCCUCCUCACGGCGCUCUGCCUGUUCUCAGGCUCGUCGGCAUUCCCAUUCUCGAAGCGGCAGACGCUAUCCACUGAUGACAUCCAGAAGCAGGCCCUGGCAAACGCGUACAAAGUCCUCGACGGCACGCUCGCAGAUGGAAUGACGCGCCCCUCCACCUGCAACAAGAACACUGUCUCCGUGCGGAAGGAAUAUGGCGACCUCACAAAAGAGGAGAAACUUGAGUACAUCCGCGCCGUCAACUGCAUCCGCACGCAGCCUAGCAAGCUACCCGCUGGCAAAUACCCCGGUGCGAAGACCCGCUACGACGACUUCGUUGUUGUUCACAUGAACAUGACCCCUACCGUGCACUCGACUGCCAAUUUCAUGCACUGGCAUAGGUACUACAUUUGGGCGUACGAAACAGCACUCAAGACCGAAUGCGGCUUCAAGGGCGCCCAGCCCUACUGGAACUGGGGCAAGUACACCGACCUGCCCGCCUCUCCAAUCUUCGACGGCAGCGAAACGAGUCUCGGUGGAAAUGGUGAUUACGUAAAACACGCAGGCGGUCUCAUGGGGUCGCCAUUCCCGGCGGGCAAUGGUGGUGGCUGCGUGACAAAGGGCCCGCUUGGGAACCUUACCGUCUCUCUUGGGCCCCUAAUGGGAACCAUGGACCCCGCCCUCAAGAUCAAAGCCAACCCCUCCCGCGACGGCUACGGCGACAACACGCGCUGUCUGCGCCGCGACGUCAACAACAACGUUGUGACCACCUCGUUGGCGCCCGCGUACUUGGCAGCCCACAUCACCAGCAACUCGGCGAUCGGAACGUUUCAGACUACCUUGCAGAACGACCAGGGGGGCAAGAUGGCGAUUCAUAGCAGUGGGCAUUACUCGAUUUGGGGGGACCCAGGAGGCGACGUAUACGUAUCCCCCGGCGAGCCCGUCUUCUGGCUGCAUCACGGCCAACUCGAUCGCCACUGGUGGAUGUGGGCGAACUAUCUCUCCGACCAGGUCAAAUCGCGCACGAGCAUGUACGAGGGCGGCACAAACUGGAUGAAUCCUUCGUCCGCGAAAGGCAAGCCCACGGACAAGCAAUGGCUCGAUGUGCUCGCCCCGACGGGACAGGAUGGAAUCCCGAGCAAUCAGCUUUUCUCGACGACUGCGGGGCCGUUUUGUUACAUUUAUGCUUAG